AUGGCUCCUCCUUUUCAACCUAAAGUGGCGCGGUUUUUGGUUGGCGCCAACUGCUAUGGCAGAGGAUUUUAUGGUCAGUUCUUUUACAACUCCUGGGUGGAAACAUACGACCACCUUUGCGAUAGUUACCGAAAGCAGAUGGUGGUGGACGACAAGGUCGCUCUCGUGGAAAUGCUGGAAUUCAAAUACGACGAUGCGAGAGUGUAUCUCGCGUUGUUGGACCAAAUUUUCCAAGACAGCGACGCCAUCAUCUUAGCGUUCGAUGUCACCGCGCGGGAGGAGCUUGAUUUGAUCAUGCAAAAUUAUGCAAUAUUCCUUGAAUUUAUGCGUCGUGAAUCUACUCCACGGACCUGUUCGAUCCCUGUAGGACUGAUCGAUAAGGACGCAUCGGAAGAAAUUUGCCAAAAGACGAGUUUGCAGACACCACUAACAUUUACCUGCUUCCCAAAACUGCCGCCGGAAUUGCAACUCGCCAUCCUUCGCGCAGCCCUGAGAUGCCCUGAUCCUGUCCCGCUCAACGUGGCCCAUAUCCGGGGGAUAAACUUGAACAUUUUGAAACCACGGGCCGUCACCACAGCCGAGGGUCAUGAGUUGGCGCGAAGACUUGGGUGCAAAUAUACUGAGUUGUCGUCUAAGGACCACGAGCCCGUUAUGGAAGUGGUUAAAGACCUUAUUCGUGAACACAGAGCUUGGACCGAGCGGAGAAUACCAAUCCAAUUCCAAUCGCCCAGCCAAAUGAAAAGGAAUCCCAUCGCAGGAAUCUGA